CCAUUUGUUUCCUUCUCUUUUCUUCCCCGAAUCUCUCUCUCUAGGGUUUACACGUCUGUUCCCUCUGUACCAAGAAACUCCUCAAAUUCCGUCCAAAAUUUCGCAUUAUUGUGCUAAUUGAACUUCGUUUCGCUCCUUUCUCUUCAUGCUUUCUCCGUCUAGGCCGCUCUCUCGCCGGUUAAUCAAUCGAUGAGUUAUCCGAGCACUUCGGGAGCGGGCCCGGGCGGUCUUGGCAUCGGGCUAGCGAACACAAUACACUCGGAGGUCGCUCCGACGGUGCCGCUACAUUCGCUUCCUCUUUCCUUUGGCGCAUCGGAUCCAGAGCUCCAGUUUCAGGAUGAACCUGGUGGUAGCAGUGUCAGUAGCUCGAGGACGAGGUAUUUGAACCGCAGCGAAAUUCUCUCUCAGUAUAGGACAAUCGCUGAGCUGCUUAGCCAAACGGACGUUUCGUAUCUGAAUAUUAGAGACGAGGCAAGGCCUGUUCCAUAUGACUCCAUAGAGCCUUUAAAACUCCAUGCACAAAUCCUCCAGUUGUUCCCUACAGCAUUUGAUCUCUCAGGUCUUGUCAAGGAGCAAGGCUCUGGUACUGCAGUAUUUGAAAGCAAAUCAUCCGAGCCAAGUCCACCUGUUAUCAAUCAGUUGAAUAGAGAUUUUGGUUUCUCCUACAAUCAGCAGAUUCAAAGCCCACCUGUUAUCAAUCAGCUGAAUGGAGAAAUUGGUGUCUCCUAUAAUCAGCAGAUUCAUCAUGUUAUUGCUAAUGAUGUGUCAACAUUAUCAUCUAAAAAGUCAAAAAUCAAGAAGAAAGGUCAUACUGACACGCCAUCAUCAGUUCAACUUCAACCGGAUCCCUCUGAGCUUCAAGAUGCCGUUGUUGGAAAGUUUUGCGAGAUGUUGGAAGAUUUUUGCAGCAGAGCUGAAAUUCCAAGUGAUGAUCAGAAUGAAGUUGAAUGGGUGUCAUUACCUGUUAGUGACGUUAGAAUGCUUGUAAAUGAAAUUAUAUCAAUACGUUCAAAGAAACUUCUGCAUUUGGUUCCUGUAGAUAUUCUAGUGAGAUUAUUGCGAGUUUUAGAUCAUCAGAUACACCGAGCUGAGGGUUUGUCCAUUGAAGAGUCUGAGCAUUCAGAUUCAGAUGUGUUUUCAUUAGUUUUUUGUGCCUUGGAGUCCAUUCAUGCUUCUCUAGCAGUUAUGGCAAACAAUUACAUGCCAAAGCAACUUUAUAAGGAAGAGAUUAUUGAAAGAAUUUUGGAGUUCUCCAGGCAUCAAAUAAUGGACGUCAUGUCAGCUUAUGAUCCAACGUAUCGCGCUAUGCAUAAACCAAGUGAAAAUGGCGCAGUUGAAGGGGAUGAAGAUGAAGAACUUGAUGCUGAAUUGGGUUCAGCCAGCAAGAAACGAAAGAAUAUCAAGAGUGUUAAAGUGAAGAGAACAUUAAACAAGGUUUCUGGUGCUAUGAAUUCUAUACUACAGAAGCUCUGCACCAUUCUUGGUUUUGUCAAGGAUUUAUUGCUAAUAGAGCGGUUAUCUGAUAGUAGCAUUCUACAAUUGUUGAGGACAAGCUUUACUACAAUUUUGGUGGAUAAUAUUCAGAUCUUGCAACUCAAAGCCAUGGGUUUAAUUAGUGGGAUAUUCUAUUCAUAUACACAGCAUCGAACAUAUGUGAUGGAUGAAAUUGUUCAGCUAUUCUUGAAGUUAUCAUCUUCAAAGAGAGCCUUGAGAGCAUAUCACUUGCCUGAUGAAGAACAGAGGCAGAUUCAACUGGUCACUGCUUUGCUGAUUCAGGUGGUUCAUUAUAGCCCAAAUCUUCCUGAAGCAUUAAGGCAAGAGGCAAAUGGAAACCCAAUCUUGGAAGUCUCUGUUGAUGCUAGUUAUGCAAUCAAAUCCCAUGAAGCUAUCACAGACACCUGCUGUCAUUUUUGGACUCGUGUUCUUCAGCGCUUUACGUCAGUGAAGGCUCAAGAUGUCUCGGAGCUGAAAGCAAUGAUAGAGAAUCUUGUCAGUGAUUUGCUGACAACAUUAAAUUUACCAGAAUAUCCUGGUUCAGCACCAAUUUUGGAGGUUCUUUGCGUGCUGCUUCUCCAAAAUGCAGGUCUGAAAUCUAAAGACAUCUCUGCACGCUCAAUGGCCAUUGACCUUCUUGGCACAAUAGCUGCAAGGUUGAAGCAUGAUGCUGUCCUCUGUAGGAGGGACAAGUUCUGGAUUACACAGGAAGUGCUCAGUGGAGAUAGUGAUAAUCAAGGUUUCCAGAAGGAUGCAUGUUCUAUUUGUUUUGAUAAAAGAGUUGAAAAAGCAGCAUUUAGAUGUCAAGGUUGUCAAAGAUUGUUUCAUGCUGAUUGCAUUGGGGUAAGAGAACAUGAAAAUCCUAGUCGUGCCUGGUACUGUCAGUUUUGCCAUUGUAGGAAGCAGCUUCUUGUAUUACAGUCGUAUUGCGAGUCACAGUACAAGGAUAAAGAGGGCGAGAAUUACAGUGGGUUGGAGAAUGAUUCUGAGGUAUCUGAUUCUUUUACAAAAGUUGAGAUCAGUCAACAGAUGCUCUUGAAUUAUCUUCAGGAUGCUGGUUCUGCUGAUGAUGUCCAUCUCUUUGUUCGCUGGUUUUAUCUUUCCCUAUGGUUAAAAGAUGAUCCCAAAUCACAACAGAAGUUUAAAUACUACCUUGCUAGACUGAAGUCGAAGGCAAUAGUGCGCAACUCUGGGAUGGUUUCUUCAUUAUUGACAAGAGAUUCUGUUAAGAAGAUUACUUUAGCAUUGGGACAAAACAAUUCCUUUGCAAGAGGAUUUGAUAAGAUUCUUAAUAUGCUUCUGGCUAGUUUGAGAGAGAACUCUCCUGUGAUUAGGGCGAAGGCUUUACGAGCAGUUAGUAUUAUUGUAGAAGCUGAUCCGGAGGUAUUGGGUGACAAACGUGUUCAAUUGGCUGUUGAAGGACGGUUUUGCGACUCAGCAAUAUCUGUUAGAGAAGCAGCAUUGGAGCUUGUUGGUAGGCAUAUUGCUUCUCAUCCUGAUGUUGGUAUUAAGUAUUUUGAGAAGGUGGCUGAGAGGAUUAAGGAUACUGGAGUUAGUGUUAGGAAACGAGCUAUCAGAAUUGUUCGAGAUAUGUGCACGUCAAAUGCCAAUUUCUCUGGAUUUACAACUGCAUGCAUUGAGAUCAUUUCUCGUGUUAGCGAUGAUGAAUCUAGCAUUCAGGACCUUGUCUGCAAGACAUUCUAUGAGUUUUGGUUUGAAGAACCUUCAGGAUCCCAAACGCAGUUUUCUGGACAUGGUAGUUUUGUUCCAUUAGAGGUGGCCAAAAAGACUGAGCAGAUUGUUGAAAUGUUGAGGAGGAUAGCCAAUCAUCAACUUCUUGUCAUUGUUAUUAAGCGCAAUUUGGCUCUCGAGUUUUUUCCACAAUCAACUAAAGCAUCUGGAAUCAAUCCUGUUUUACUUGCUGCAGUACGUAGGCGUUGUGAGUCAAUGUGCAAGUGCUUACUUGAAAGAAUAUUGCAGGUAGAGGAAAUGAAUAAUGUAGAUGCAGAGGUUCCUACACUUCCGUAUGUGCUUGCCUUGCAUGCAUUCUGCAUCGUGGACCCCUCACUUUGCAUGCCGGCUUCUGAUCCAUCCCAAUUUGUUAUCACACUGCAGCCAUAUCUUAAGAGUCAGGUUGAUAACCGAUCAGUUGCACAGUUACUGGAGAGUAUUAUUUUUGUAAUUGAUGCUGUUGUGUCAUUAAUGCGGAAGUUGUCUCACCAUAUAGUUGAAGAGCUUCAACAAGAUUUGAAGCACAUGAUUGUUCGGCAUUCUUUUUUGUCCGUUGUCCAUGCCUGCAUCAAGUGUCUUUGUUCUGUAAGCAAAAGAAUUGGAAAUGGUUUUUCUGUUGUUGAGUAUCUUAUUCAGCUGUUCUUCAAACGUUUGGAUGCUCAAGCAACUGAUAACAAGCAGCAAGUGGGGCGUUCUCUUUUCUGCCUUGGAUUGCUUAUACGCUAUGGAAGCUCUUUGUUUGUUGCCACCUGUAAUAAAAGCAUUGAUGUUGCCAGCAGUAUUAGUUUGUUCAAAAAAUAUCUUCUUGUUGAAGACUUCAGUAUAAAAGUCAGAUCUUUGCAGGCGUUAGGCUUUGUUCUUAUUGCUAGGCCAGAGUAUAUGUUGGAAAAGGACAUUGGAAGAAUAUUAGAGGCAGCCUUAUCACCAGGGUCUAACAUUCGCCUAAAGAUGCAAGUGUUGCAAAAUUUGUACGAGUAUCUUCUUGAUGCAGAAAGUCAGAUGGGAACAGAUAAAGCCAAUGAUGAUGCAGUUCAUCGUUCUGUAGAAGGUGGCCAUAGUGUCCCCGUUGCUGCAGGUGCAGGUGAUACGAACAUUUGUGGGGGUAUAGUUCAGUUGUAUUGGGAUAAUAUUCUUGGGAGAUGCUUGGACAUAAAUGAACAAGUUAGACAAUCUGCCCUGAAGAUAGUGGAAGUGGUGCUGCGUCAAGGUCUUGUUCAUCCUAUUACUUGUGUCCCAUACCUUAUAGCACUUGAAGCAGAUCCCCUUGAGGUGAACCAAAAGUUGGCUCAUCACUUGUUGAUGAAUAUGAAUGAAAAGUACCCUGCUUUUUUUGAAAGCCGUUUGGGGGAUGGCCUUCAGAUGUCAUUUAUCUUCAUGAGGUCCAUUGGUGCUAAUUCUGGAAAUGUAAAUGAAAAGGCCCAAUCUAAGCUUCCUGGAAAUUCGAAGGGCAAAUCUGAAGGUGGCUCCUUAACUCAAGGAAGGCUGGGAGUUUCCCGAAUUUACAAGCUCAUUCGUGGAAACAGGGUUUCUAGGAACAAAUUUAUGUAUUCAAUAAUCCGGAAGUUCGAUAACCCAGGCUGGAAUGAUUCAGUUAUACCUUUUUUGAUGUAUUGCACGGAAGUUCUUGCUUUGUUGCCUUUCACAUCACCUGAUGAGCCCCUUUAUUUAAUCUAUUCCAUAAAUCGAAUUAUACAAGUCAGGGCUGGAGCACUUGAGGCAAAUUUGAAAGCCUUGAGUUUGCAUUUGCUUCAGAGGGAUGCUCAGAGAGCAGCUAUGGAAAAUGGGACAUUUCAACAGAACCCAGUUCAGCCUAUUUUCAAUCAAAUGACCAUGGUGGAUCUGAAUGGAACAAUUCAGGAGGAGCUAUUUGCUCAGGCCACCUAUUCUACAACAACAAUUGAUUUGAAUGGGACAGCUGGACAGGAGCUUCCACACCACUCUAUCUCAUUUCAUACUCCUGAUCUAGAGGCAAAAUUGCAUGGCAUGAGGGCCGCUGAAUCUCGUGUCAUCUCUGAAGAUGAUGUGGAAAAGAUACAGGCUGACUGUCUUUCUGCUAUUGCACUGCAGCUUCUUUUGAAGCUGAAGAGGCACCUAAAAAUUGUGUAUAGCUUGAAUGACUCCCGUUGCCAGGCAUUUUCUCCAACUGAACCCCUAACAUCGGGGGAGGUUCUCUCAAGGCAGAACAUUCCCUUUGACAUUAGUGAAACACACACUAGUCUACCGUCCACUUAUCAAGAUUUGGUGCAGAGAUAUCAGGAAUUUAAGAAUGCUUUAAAGGAAGAUACUGUUGAUUACUCAACAUACACUGCGAACAUCAAAAGGAAGCGCCCUGCUCCCCGAAGAGGGGCGAAAGGUCGUGUAGAUGAUGAAGAUGGCGAUGACGAUGAGUGGGCAGUAGCUCGGAGGUUAAGCUAUGGCGGCAGGAAAGGUAACAACAGUAGAGGGGGUAGACAACGGUGGUAGUUGUAAAUAUUUUGACAUUUAGGCUAACAUGUACAUUAUGUCAAUGGAAAAGAAUAGGAAUAGGAUACUAUAAGAGCAAAAAAGAUAGAAUUCUGGAAGCAGAAGAAAGCAUUUUUCUGGCGUCCAGUGUUAUUCCUGGCACCGGUAGGAUGGAGUGCUUCCUUGUUCUGUUUCCUUUUUGUAAUUUUGCUUGUCUAUACAAUCAAUCUUCAUUCUUUGUUUCCAUCAAAAGCCAACCACUCCCAAUCUUAAGAUUUGAUGCCGGAGAGGCAAAUGAUUUGUUGUAACACUGGUGCAAACUAGUUAGAUUGUUGAGGAAAAAGCCAGUGUAAUAUAUUUCUUUCGUUCUGGUUUCAUAGUGAACAUCAUUUUGUUCUCUUG